GCGACGUGCCGUUCCGCCACCACGUGAGACCAUAACGUACAAUCCUAUUCGUGUAAUAUAAUACUAUUACAUAUACGAAAUACCUAUGAAUUAACUUAGCGUGUAUUAUUGUGUAAUAAAUUGGCUUGAGAAUUUUUUUUCGUAUUAAUUUCAAAAACAAAAGAUUUGUAACGACCUGUACUAAAAUUUAGCUGUUCGCCCGUAAGUGAAUAUGUUUUUUAUGUCUCCUGAGUAUAUUAAGAAGAAACAUGCGAGAAAUCCGGAAUUUGUUUAAAAACCAUUUCAGUUUAUUCAACACCAUGCUGUCAGUGGUUUACCCUUGCCGUACGAGUCUCGGAAUGCGUUGAAUGGACGUUAAUUAAAAGAGAAACAAGAAUAUAUGCUUUUUACACAAAGAAUAGUCAAUUUGUAUUUGUGGGUGCAAACAUAAAACCUUAUCUAGACAUUUAAGCUUUUUACAUGUCUUCCUAAAUUUACUUGAAACAAAUACUCUUGGAUCUCGAGAAAAAUUCUACGGCCUAUUGGUCUCGCUCGUUGGACAAUAUGAUUCCCCACAUGAACAACACUACAAACGGACUCGAUGCAUUCGGGAUGAACACGACCGACGAGAUUUAUUGGGCGGACAGUAAUCAGUUCGAGUUGUCUUGGUGGCAUCAGCUCGCUUGGACAGUGUUGUUUGUGCCAAUGAUCGUAGUAGCUACCGGUGGAAAUCUGAUAGUCAUUUGGAUAGUGAUGACCAACAAGCGGAUGCGCAACGUCACCAACUAUUUUCUGGUCAACCUUUCUAUAGCGGAUGCCAUGGUUUCUUCUCUGAACGUUACCGUCAACUUCAGCUACAUGCUUACGAGCAACUGGUCGUUUGGCACAAUUUACUGCAAGAUCAGUCAGUUCGUUGCGGUGGUUUCCAUAUGCGCGAGCGUGUUCACGCUGAUGGCCAUAUCCAUCGAUAGAUACAUCGCCAUCAUCCAUCCUUUGAGACCUCGGUUAGGGCGGAGGACAACGCUAAUGAUAGCUACGGGCAUAUGGUUGAUCAGUACCGUGUUGUCCAUACCGAAUCUGAUAUUUUUCACGACUACGACCGAACAGUUCCCGAACGGCGAACAGCGGGUGAUUUGUUACGCCGAGUGGCCGGACGGCAUCACCACCGAAAGUUUCCAAGAAUACGUGUACAACGUAUCGUUCAUGAUCAUUACCUAUUUCGUGCCAAUCGGCCUAAUGGGCUUCACGUACGCCAUGAUCGGCAACGAGCUCUGGGGUAGUCAAAGCAUCGGCGAGUGCACACAGAGACAGUUAGAACACAUCAAAUCCAAACGACGGGUGGUCAAAAUGAUGAUUGUCGUUGUGACAAUUUUCGCUAUUUGCUGGUUGCCGUACCAUAUAUACUUUAUCGUCACAUCUCACAUGCCGGAACUGAUCACUGAACCAUACAUACAGGACGUGUUUUUGGCGUUUUACUGGCUCGCAAUGUCCAAUUCCAUGCACAACCCGAUUGUCUACUGUUGGAUGAACUCCAGGUUCCGUCAAGGGUUCAAGCAGUUUUUUUCGUUCGUGCCGUGUAUUAAUGUCAGAACCGGAAGCCUGAUACGACGGGAAGUUGUCACCAGCAGGCACCGUAUGCAUACCUUUGAACCACCUGUGUACCGACAACGGUCACUUGAGGCCGCCUCCACGGAGACCACCGAAAAAAUCCGGAUGCGACAGCAGCAACGAGGGCGGAAGCAGCAACAGCAGCAUCAAUACUGCGGCAACAACGGGCAGCAACAGGACUGUUCAAGGAGAAAAUACAAAUUCCGUGUCUUGACAAAAGGACGAAUGUCCGACUCCAAGGAGUGCGACAGCGCAGAUUUGGAUAUGACGGAAGUGACUGCCAUGUGAGAAAGACAGUGCUUCCGCUGACGCUGUUGUUUUUUCCGGAGACAGAAUAUUAAUAGUAAUUAUCAUCCAGCGGGCUCGUUUUAAUUUAUAUUUUAUUGCUCUAUAUAUAAUUGCGCGCGCAGCCAGCCGCAGGUGGCGAACAACGAUAAUAAUGUAUAUUUUAAAACAAAAAAAAAUAAAAAAUGAACUUUUCGUUGAAACGGGCAUGCGAUAUGCAUUAUAAAUAUGCGUCAUAAUUUAAUCGUCGUCCAAACUUUCUAUAAAUUGACGUUUAAAUGGAAAUAUUGUAAGUGAAAAUUACAAACACUUUAUAAAACUUUAAAAUUGAUUUAUAAAUAUCUGUUUUUAGACAGCCGACUUUUACAUAACGUCAGGUUAAACUAAACCGGAAACCCAAAUCACCAGCUUUUACGAAAAUACUAUAAAAUGUUUUGUCGGAAAUCUAGUUGACAUAAUAUUAUUACAUGGGUGCCAAAAGUCUUGUACGCACUUCAGAAAUUUCUUUUUUCAGGAAAAAUUAAUAAACUUUCGGUCUGAACUAUUUAAUAUUCGAUCUUGGGCAAUUUUAUUGAUUGACAUUCGACGUAAUUAGUUUUAAAACUUUAAACGAGUUUCUCUCUUAACACAUAUUUUCGAGAAACUCUUUUUUCCCCUACGUUUUAGUACGGUCGGAUUAACAUAUUUGUAAUCGAAAUUUUGAAAAGAGAAAAAAAUGUUUAUUGUCUGAUAUUAUUUUUACAAAAAAAAAUUGGCAAUGAGUUUUUAUGUCUCGAUUAAGUCGGCUGAGGAAAUUACUUGUUGUUCAUACUUCCAGUAUCGAAAAUGGUAAUAGAAAUAUUGUUAUGGUUAUUCGAUGUCAACGCUACUGAAGUCAUUUAGAAUUACCAGAUAUAUUAUUUAUUAUCUAAUACUAGUUUUCUAGUUUGGAUUGUGAUGGUUAAAUAAUUAAGAGUAGAUCCACCCGUAAUAGCUUAUUGCAAUUAAAAAUACUCGAAGGAACUCAGUUUAAAAUCAUUGUAGGAGAGGUAAUUGGAAACAUGGAAAAGAUACUUUUGUAAUACGAGUUUUUUACUGGGAAGACGUACGCCAAACAACACAAAUAGACACUACACGCUAUUUUCUUAACAUCCAAACGAGUCCGGGAAAUCUAAUACAACUUUAAUAACAUAAAAAUGUAUAUAAGACUUAGUACGCCCUAAAUUUAAACUAAAAAAACUCCUAACUCGACGCAAAAGUAAAUAAGACAAACUGGGUUUUGUCGUGUUGAUAUUUGUGAAUUGUUAGCGUAUUUUCAUUAAAUUCAUUCGGACUUCAUAAAGAAUUUAUAAAAAAAAACUUCUUGAUUAUUGAGGAUUACAUCGUGAAUACUAGUAAAACCAUGAAAAAUAUUAUUUGGGCUAUCGCUGUGCAACGCAAAAAUACGCCAAAAUGAUAAGUUUACAAUUAAUGCUAUUUAAUCGAAGGCACGUUUGGAAUUUUAAUCGUUUCCGCCUUCAGGGUUGCCGAAUUGAUUGACAACGCCGCCAAUGUUAUAAACGUUAUUCUCGUCUGUUCAUUGUUUUCCCGUGCAAUUACAGCAUCUGGCCCCACGGACGAAACGCCUUGCUCGUGUAAUAACGUUUGACGAACACGAACAACCCAACUAUAAUGUACUGCACUUUACUUACCGUUUAAUCCGUACACGGUUAGGUUAGAUUCGGCCGGAUCAUUCCUAAUACACGCGCGAUUGUUAUCUAAUCCGAAAUCGUGACACGAGUCGAGGCCGGACCAAAAAUUAUGCGUUUAGUAUUCAAUGUCGCCGUUUGCAGUCCAAUGACCAAUCUCCAUAGUUUGGUCGGCUUAAUGAACACUGGUGCACACCGGAAGUACCCUUUCCAAAACGUCUCCGUUUCAGCAACACACACGCGUUAAUCGAAACAGCCAUAAAACGCCCCACGAAUCUAUAAAAUGCAAUAGGUUGGAAUGAGUUAAUACAACCGAACUAAAGUAGUCCAUAAUUCAUUUGUAUUGUCUACAAUAGUUAUAGAUUUUACAACAACCAUACCUGCUUGAUGGGGAAACAGUACAAAAGAUGCACAAUUUCUUAUUCCCCUUGGAAUUGCAACCGAUGUGCCUCAAGCUAUUUUUUUAAAUAAUCACUAAACAUAUUUAUGUUCAAAAAUCCUUUAUAUAUCAAUUGAUCAUUUUAUGUUUCUUAAUGUUCGAAAUCGAUAAAUUAACAUACUUGGACCACGUAUUAAAAUUCUCAUUAAAAUUAAAAGUCACGAGCAUAAAUGUUUUUUUUUUAAUAAGUGUCUCGGAAAAAUACAAUGUCCUAGUAUUAUUUAUACAUGCACCAAUACGGCCAUUAGAGUUUAAUUACCAUGCUAUAUAUUAUUGUGUGUUGUAAAAAUUACGCAAAAGCAGUUUUUUAUUAUAAUAGUCCAUUGAUUUGUUCAAACAUUAAUUUAAUAAUAUUAGUAUUAUUUAUUUUUGAAUGGUUUGUGAAAGAAAAGUGAAGUUAAUUAUUUUACCAGGUAGACGGAUCGAUAUCUACAAAAAAACUGUUAACUGUACACCCUUUUAUAGAAACGCACAUAAAAUACAUAACACAAUUAUUAUUCUAUAAAUUAAAUUCAUUAAAAUAUAAUAUAAAACAUUCAACUAAAUACAGGCAUAUUUUACAUUUAACUGGUGUGUAUAAAAUCAAUGUUUUGAAAUACCAUAUAUUUAUAAAAUCUGAAUGUCAUAAAAUAAAAUAUAAACGAAAACUCGUAUGUACUAAGUAUUAAAAAUAAAAACCAUCCCCACAGCCAUAUUUUUUGGAAUAUAUUAUUUAAAUUAUUAUGUUAUAGGUUUCAAAUAAAUAAGAAAAACUAAAUUUAAAAAAUAUAAGAGUUAUAAAAUACUUAUAGUAAGAAAUUCAACAAAACUAUAAUAGUAUUAUCCUGAACAAAUAUGUUUAAGACACUUAAAACCGAGUAAGGAAAAUAAAACAUUCAUUAUACCUAACAUAAUACGUCGUAUAAAAGUGUUUACUAAUUUUUAACUUUUUUUAAGCUUAGUUGUUAUUUUUCACGUAAACACGUAAUUAGAGUUUAUGUUAUAGCUUAUUAUGAACAAACUCAAUUAAAAACUUUUCGUUUUCUGAGUUCCCAGCUUAAGUGUGAAUUGCCAAUUAUGUUUAAUAUUCCUUUAGCAGUCAAGCGCAUUACCUGUUGGUAUACUGUCUCGCCGAUAAACUAACUAGGUGGUAUUUGUAAAAAACUUCAGUCGGUAUUCUGUUUACUGCACAACUUGCUUGUGCUGUAGCCUGUACCAAUGUACCAAAUGGCCAACUAUAGACUUAAAAGCCGCGGUACUGAUGGGGAAAAAAUGUUCAUGUCAUGGCCAAGAUUUGCCGGCUCUAUAAAAUUAUCUACAAACGUUCUCAUAUUUUGAACUACCCUUGUUCAGCAAUCGCCAAUAAUAAUAUACACGAUAUAGGAUUAUAAUAAAAAUGUCGUUGUUCGCUAGCUCGGUUCAAGUACAUCCAGGCCUUUUCGGUCUUUUGUCUGCGGUAACAAGUGUGUGUUAUGCAUUUAUAUGCUAUUAUAAUAUAUGUAUCGCCCUAUACCACUACAUAACCCGUAUGUAAAUAGCUUUGGCGUGCACGUUUAAUUAAAAUAAACUUUUUUUCGCACAAACGUAAUUUAUUUAAAUAUUUAAAAUUCACACGAAUGGUGUUUGAAUAAACUAUACACUUUCAGGUAACCCAUCGGUUUUGAAAGCUUUUCAGCCGGCCCGACGUUAUCAGUUUGCCCGUAAUAAUCAGAAUUAUUGUGUUUAAGAAACGCGUUUUCCUAUAAUACUUUUCAGAGGUAACAGACCAGCGUUUUUCAUGCACUGAUCCUUGCACAUAAUUAAUGUAAUACUAUAAUAAAUGGAUAUAAUUCCCCAAACGCCCUCCCCUACCCUAUCGUGCCAAAUAAAGGUAUAUCUUGUAACAUGUUCCUAAACACGGUCGUCGUCGUUGACGUUAUUAUUAUUAUCAUUAUUAUUAUUAUUGUUAAUAUUACUAUUAUAUUAUUGUUAUAAAUUAAGUUUAAUUUAAUGCAAUAUUGUCCUGCGUAGUGGUUGUGACUAUUAUAUAGGUACAUAAUUUCAGCUGUGUUAAAUAUUGGUUUACUUACAAUUAGUAAUAAACCGUUUGUCUAAUAUUAUCAAAAUCUAUGACAAAAUAUUAUAUUUUCACUUGUAACCGUUACGCUUACUCUGAAAAAACGUAAUGUUCAAUUCCAUUUAAGUGUAAGAAUAUAAUGUACCUACACAGUGAAAUAGCUGAGAUUUUCCUAUUUAAAAUUACACCUUAGUUCGUAGUUUGAACUUUUUAAGCUAAUCACAAAACUUCACAUAUAAAUCGUUAAGCCACGCAUUGUACGUAUAAAAACAUUUAAUAUAAUUUAUACACAACCAUUAAUUUAAUUUCAAAUGCUCGAGCUUAAACUAUAGCCAAAGAAGCUUCGUGAAAGAUCCUUUAAUAAAAUUGAACAAAUACUAACGUAGUAUACAUUUAAAUUUAAAAAAAAUAUUUAUACUUAAUUUAAUUGUUUUAAUAAGUUUUCGUUUCAAGCUCAAAACUAUUCUAUUGAUUUUUAAAUACUUGAAAAGAUCUGUGCAAAAUAUGAAAAACCCGACAAACCCCAAGCACUUUGACUCCCCUAAAUGGCCACAAUAUAGUUCCUUUUCAUCUUAGCUAAAAUGGGAUGGAAAGAUUAAUAAUUAUAUUGCAGGAUGUCAAUUGAAUACUUACCAACAACCGACGUUUGAAUUUAAACAGUUUUUUUCACAAAAAAUGGACCGUAUUUUUAAUGAAUAUUUCUUAAUAUUCAUUAAAAGUAAUUAAAAAUAUAAAGCUCAUUAAUUUUUGCACAGAGUCCUUUAAUUCUUCAAUUGUCAAUGUAUGUGUGGUGCCAUACAUUUAUAUUAUAUUCAUUUUACGAAUUUUUUAUGUAUAACAUUUUCAACUCGUUUUAUAAUAUAUAAUUAUACAAAUCUUGUCCAUCAUAUUAUAAUCAUUUAGAUGGCAUGGUGCACAAGUGAGAUAAGUGAAUUCAUUUGAGAAAUUGAAUUAUGUUUAACAAUAGAUAUCUAAUAGUCUUUUACACGUUGUGUACAUAAGUUGGAAGCCACUACAUAUCAAUUUGUAUUGCUACAGAACACUUAAAAUUAAUUAAAUUCGUGGAAUGGUAUGAAUGGUAUAAAUGUUCAAAGAUGAUUCCUGUAAAAUUAUAAAGUACAUUUAUUACACAUGUGCACUAUGUCAUCGAUAUAAUUUAUGUUUUUAAAU